AUGGCAUGCAUCAGGCUUGGUUCCAAAUCUGAAGCAUUCCGCCUCGAUGGCCAAUCUUGGCAUUGCUCAUCUGGCCUUGCUAGUGAUGUUACAAUUAGAAUUGGAGAAAUGUCCUUUCAUCUUCAUAAGUUUCCUUUGCUAUCAAGAAGUGGGCUACUAGAAAAGCUUAUAGGAGAGCUAGAGCAAGAAGAUGGAUCAGCGUGUGUUGUACAACUUGGGGAAGUACCUGGGGGAGCUAAAUCGUUUGAGCUUGUAGCAAAAUUCUGUUAUGGCAUCAAGAUAGAGCUGACCGCCAUGAAUGUAGUGAGUCUUAGAUGUGCAGCUGAGUAUCUUCAAAUGACCGAAGAAUAUGGGGAGGGAAACCUCAUUAAACAAACAGAAGCCUUUCUGAAUGUUGUUUUUGCCAAUUGGACUGACACAAUAAAAGCUCUUGAAACCUGUGAAGAAGUUUUGCCUCAUGCAGAGGAGCUUCGAGUUGUGUCGAGAUGCAUAAAUUCACUGGCAUUGAAAGCCUGUGCUGAUCCAAAGUUGUUCAAUUGGCCUGUGUCAGGCUGUAACAGCAACGACGCUGCAGAAGCCAACCAAAUGUGGAAUGGGAUAGGCACAGCAACUAAGCCACUACCUGCAACGGAUAAUUGGUGGUACGAGGAUGUGUCCUUCCUCAGUUUACCCCUCUAUAAACGAUUGAUCCUUGCAGUUGAGGCAGGAGGCAUGAACCCUAACACUGUUGCUGGAUCCCUGGUCUUUUAUGCAAAGAAAUAUAUUCCAUUGAUGAAUAGGCAAUCUAGCUUCAACGAUGCAAAUCAUUCCAAACAAGGAUCAUCCAUGUCCACCCCUUCUGAAGCUGACCAAAGGGCACUUCUCGAAGAGAUAGUGGAGUUACUUCCAAGUCACAAAGGAGUAACACAGACGAAGUUCCUUAUCAGGCUGCUCCGUACUGCUAUGGUCUUACAAACGAGCCCUUCGUGCAGAGAAAAUCUGGAGAGGAGGGUAGGAUUGCAGUUGGAUCAAGCUACCUUGGAUGAUCUGCUUAUACCAAAUAUGGGAUACUCAGUUGAGACUCUAUAUGACAUAGACUGCUUUCAGAGGAUUCUCGAUCAUUUCAUGUCAAUGGACCAGUCUUCGGUUGCUACUUCUCCAUGUAUAGUUGAAGAGAGCCAAUUAGUAGAAGGGACAGAUUCACUGACUUCAAUCACAAUGGUGGCUAAUCUUGUGGAUGCAUAUCUUGCAGAUGUUGCCACAGAUGUUAAUCUAAAAUUCCCCAAGUUCCAGUGCCUGGCUGCUGCAAUCCCUGAUUAUGCUAGGCCGCUUGCUGAUGGCCUUUACCGCGCCAUUGACAUAUAUCUGAAGGCUCAUCCUUGGCUCACGGACACAGAGAGGGAACAAAUCUGUAGGCUUAUGAACUGCCAGAAGCUGUCACUGGAAGCCAGCACCCAUGCAGCCCAAAACGAGAGGCUGCCACUCAGGGUGAUCGUCCAGGUCUUAUUCUUUGAACAGCUUCGCCUGAGAACCUCAAUAUCGGGCUGGUUCUUUGUCUCUGACAAUCUGGAGAACCCAGAAAACCCUGAUGGAGUCCUGGCUCUCCCUAAAAGUGACGGUUCGUAUCGCGCACACGGCAGAGGAUCGGGCAUCGAGGACAUGAGGCAGCGUGUUUCGGAGUUGGAAAAAGAGUGUGACAGCAUGAAACAGGAUUUUCAUAAGCUGGUGAAAUCCAGAAGAAGUUGGAACAUAUUCUGCAGAAAGAAAUCACAUUAUACAAAUGCUAGAUCAGGCACCCAUGCAUCAUAGGCCUCUCUCUAGCUGC